CAAGAUGGGAAAGCCAGAACUAGGGUUCCCCGAGUUGCAUGAACGAUAGUAAAUCAAACUAUCAAGAGACUUUUGGUGUUGAUGAGGAGGUAAAGAGGUAAGUCGCUUGUUGCUCAUAACCUGUGCAAUGUGAAUAGGCUCCUUCCUAGUGCAUGCUUAGGUGGUCUAAAACAGACUGGAAGUAUUCAGCCACCAGCUACUCGUGAUUGCGGUUUCGCCUAACACACACAAACUGURCAUUAUUUUACGUAUUUUUGCUACAGGAUUACGGUAUGGUACAGUACCCUUCGAAGGCGAAUUUGAGCAACUUUUCCGUCCUCCAAUCGUGCACCAUACGCGACACGAUUCAAAUCCAAAAACUCGAGGGCAAUWGUAACAAUGCAUUGCCGCGCAAUUUUUGUUCACGCCUCUAGGGGAAGAACGUGGCCAAGAAAAAGUCUCGUGUUUCGGGACGACAUCAUCUUGUCACAAAAUCGAAAACACCAACACACAAACGCCGAUACCAAUUCAAAAUAGAAACAAUAACAAUGAAUCUUUUAACUUUUAUCUCCGCAACCCUACUCAUCAUCACGUCGGAAAAACUAGCAAAUGUUGCUGCUGCCGGACCCCAGCUCCGCGGCAGAAGCAACACCGGGCAACUCCAGCGCAGGAUCCUAAACGACGAUUCCGGUUGGUGCCCGACGUACUUUCCCGGAACCAACACGGAUUGCCCGCUGACCGGAAUGUUCCGGGGAACCUGCUACUAUAGCUCCAGCGCCAAGGAGGGCGAGACCCCGAACACGGACUCGCAGGCGUGCUCGUGCAACGCCGAAAUGGCCGGAAAGUUCUGGUGCGAGCCGAGCCCMUUCCCCGGCGGAGCCCCCACGCCCCCGCCGUCCCCCCGCGCCCUCCCGGAAGGCAGCUGGUGCCCCGAGCUGUUCCCCGGCAGCGACACGGAGUGUCCGCUGACCGGAAUGGUCCGGGGAACCUGUUUCUACACCUCGAGCGCCCCGGCCGGAGAACCCCCCAACAACGACCACCAGGCCUGUGUCUGCAACGGAGACGGAACCAGCAGGUUUGUUUGCGAACCCAGGCCCUUCCCCGGCAGCGGGCUUCGACCCCCGGCAACGGCAAAAGRUCCGGCAGAACCCACCACYGGGAAUCCCACMCAGUGGUGCCCCCCCGACGUCCCCAACACGGGAGACUCGUGCGCCUUGCCCGCCGGGAAAACGACCGGAUCGUGCACCUUUAUCCGCAGAAACACCAUCACUCUCUGCAGCUGCUCGUCGGACACGCAAACAUUUGUGUGCAAUUGAGACCCGACCAGACCCGACUGCAUAGAAUAGAGCAGUCCGCCGGAASYGAAUCUUGGGGAAAAGAUCACAGAGAUACUAGMAAUCCGUCUGAUCCCGCUUCGGAUCUCAUWGMRAGGCCUCGCGAAUAGUCGAAACCUGAACUAUAUUGCACGAAGAUAAAACAUAGAUACAAUAAUAAUAUAACAUCGAU